UUAAGUCGUAUUUUCCUCUAAGGCCGAGCGCGUUGGGAUGUGUUUAAAUAAGAAAUUCAAUAUUUUACACUCGUUUAAAUCGUGAUUCCCAAGAAUUUUAAAAAAAUAAAAAUAAUUACAGUGCUCUAAAUAUAAAUAAAAUUAUGACUACGGUAAUAACAACCAUUGUUCGUGGUUAAUUCGUAGGUAUGUAAAGUGCGACAGGACUAAUAUUGGAACAAUACGCAAAUUAUAACUAUUUGAAUCCUGUGGUAAUUACAAUGCCUGACAAAUUUAUUAUUUUAUCUUUUGUCAUUUACUGUGCAAUAAGUUUGUUUAAUGUUUCCGGAGAUUCGAGUGCACAUAUUGUAGUGCACGUCAACAAUGACCUCAUUAGCGAUGGAGCAAAAAAUGUGAAUUAUAAAGUAGGCGAUAUUAUAAAUUUUUCCUGUUCUGGGCCUGAUAUGAAUGAUUUUAAACAUUAUGGUGUGGUGUACGAGAAAGAUGGAACUAGGUUCAAGAUACCUAAAGACGGGGGUUAUGAAAUCAACACAUUUAUCUACUCCAUAGAAACAUAUGAUUUUGACGAUAAAUCUAUAGUACAAUGUGAAGUGGAAAUAUGGAAUGAGAUGAUAAAAGAAUAUGAGCUUAUCGGCCGCAGUACGUCAGUGACACUUGUUAUGCUUUCAGAUAACAGUUUAAACGACACGAUACCCGAGGUUCACUACAGCGAAAGCAAUCCAGUAACUCAUAUUUGCAGCGAACAAGAUUCUCUGUUUGUUAUGAUGAAUGGAACUCAACAAUAUUAUAUAAAAAGGAAAUUAUAUUUGGCGCCAUCAUACACGGGUUCUGUUGUUUUCUGUUCAAAAAUUGAACGCAAGGAGGAUGAUACAAACAGGGCAAUAUCUUACCAAAGAAUUAUUUAUAACCAAAGAAAAUAUAUAUAUACUGCAAAGGUAUUAAGUGAAACUUCCUCUCUACAAGGUAGUAUUUCGACAACACAAAUUGGUAUGGUUGUGGGAGCGAUCAUUAUAGUCUGUAUCGUACUGCUUGGGGGUUUUGUACUGCACAGGAACAAGAGGGACAGACCUAAUGUCACUCCAUCGCCUCACCAAGACACUAACAAUGACAAAUGUUCGACUGAACUUAUAUAUGCAGAAUUGGCACUAUCUCAAACACCUCGUUGUGGCUGUAGCAAAUAUCCGAGCACAGAGGAGACGCCUUACGCAGAAAUUAGCAGUUGUAUUGGAAAAAGAAUGCCUCAGGUGAUAGAAGAGUCGCCAUAUGCGGAAAUUAUUGCAAGAAAGUAUUAGAAUAGUGUAUCAGAUAUAUCAGACAUAAAGCCUUAGUUUUAUUAUAAUAUUAAUUAAUUAUAUUAUACCUAAAUGUC